AUGGCCUUCGUUGACGAGAUGGACGAGUUCGUCAAUUGGGACAAGGCUGGUGCCUGUGUGGGCACAGAAAGCUUCUCCCAAGAAGCGACCCUUGCUGGCAUGGAUGACGGCCUGGAUACAGAAAACAUUGGCCUCGUCUUGGCUAAUGUGAAUGAGGAUGACUUCAGUUUCCAUGCCUUGCAGCAUUUUUCACAAAACCCCAAUCCUCUUGGAGCUGACCUGCCCAUGGACGGUACACCCGCGUUAGACCUUGCCGAGCAUGUUACAAACCCGUGUGCGCACUGUGCCUCGGGAGGCUUUUCCUGCAAAAAGAUCCAGGAAGGUCGUUACAAGGGCUACUGUACGAGCUGUGUUGCUCUUCGGGUCGAGUGUAGCUUCGGAGGAGCCAUGUCUGAUGCAGUCGACAUCGACGCUCCUACUAGCGUUUUCCCGGCUAACCCAUGGCCCAUUAUGGGCAAUCAUCCGAAUACCAUCACGACCCAAGAGCUUUUCCCAGAUAUGGCGCAACCCAACUCUCUUCCUUCGUCAGCCUUGGACUUUCUCAACAGGUCGGCUACACCGGCCGAUGAGAGUGGUAAUUCCGGGGCCCCUCGAGCAGGGCCACCUCCCAAGAUUGGGGCUCGGUUCUCCAGGGAAUCUGUGAGAAUCUUGAAGAAUUGGCUGUCUACUCAUAAUCGACAUCCAUACCCCAGCGAUGAGGAGAAGGAGGCAUUGCAACGUCAGACGGGCUUGAAUAAGACUCAGAUCACCAACUGGCUGGCCAAUGCCCGGCGAAGAGGCAAGGUGCAACCGCCUCGUUCAACCUCACCUCAUGUUGGCAACUGGGCGGCAUCUAUCGACAUCCCUCAGAGACGCGGGACGCCAGCCCUGGAAGCUAUGAACCCUUUACAGCGUUGGGAGCAUUCACCUCCCGAACACGAACCAGCGUCUGUGACCGCCAUUGCAAGGGCUGUCACGGCUUCUUCGUCGUCGGCCUUGUCGUCGGGUCUUAACAGUCCCUAUAGCUUCAAUUAUACCGAUGACGGCUCAAGCAGGUCGCUUUGCAACCAGUCAUCGACUAGCAGUUUGGGUACAUCUCACUCCAGCAAUGGAUCUCGAGGAUCUGCAUACUCUCAUGGAUCACGCAAUUCUUGGGGAUCCUUUGGUUCGGCCCCAUUUAGUACCCGUGGACGCCGGAGACGGCGUAGGCGUGCAGCCCCCAAGACUACCAGUGACGGCACAAAUGGCCUGGCACCUCCCCUCAAGACUUUCCAGUGCACUUUCUGUACCGAAACAUUCAGAACAAAGCACGACUGGCAACGGCAUGAGAAGUCUUUGCACUUGUCGUUGGAGCGCUGGGUAUGCGCCCCGGACGGCCCUCGUGCAGUCAAUCCGGACUCUGGCAUUCUUUCCUGCGUCUUUUGCGGGCUCGAAAAUCCAGAUGAUGGCCACAUCGAAGCUCACAACCACUCAGCAUGCCAAGAGCGAACCCUUGAAGAACGAACAUUCUAUCGCAAAGAUCACCUGAACCAACAUUUGCGGUUGGUACACAACGUCAAGUUUAUGGACUGGGCUAUGAAGCAAUGGAAGGUGGCAACACCAGAGAUUCGGUCUCGGUGCGGUUUCUGCGGCAUCGUCAUGGAUACAUGGACCAUCCGAGUUGACCACUUGGCGGAACACUUCAAGACAGGUUACUCCAUGGCUGACUGGAAGGGUGACUGGGGUUUUGAUGUGCCUGUUCUUGAUAUGGUUGAGAACUCUAUUCCCCCGUAUCUGAUUCAUCAUGAACGCGUAUCUCCCCUGCCAUACGUAGCUUCUCACUCCCCGCCAGAAUCGCCGCGCAACGCCUACGACCUGAUCAAACUGGAACUGGCUUACUUCGGCGCCAAUCACUGGGAGCAACACCACGGAGCACCGAACGACGACGACAUGCGGCUGGAAGGAUGCCGUAUCAUUUUCGCUUCAGAAUUAUUGUCCCUGCAAGGUAUUGCGACACAGAAUUCGUGGCUUCGUGAUCUCAUCAUGUCCAACGCGGACAUCGCACAGAAGGCAAGGUUUGGUCCGUUACGUGGAGCCGCUGAAAGCAGACUUGCUUCCUUGAAGAUUAACGGCAAGGACAACUUAUUCGAGGAAUGUCCUAUGGAACGACAGCUGCAUUCCUUUGUCACUGCGAAGCGGCUGUUGGGGCUGACGGCUAUGGACGACGAGCUGCAGGAAGAAGCAUGUAAGAUUGUCGGUAGGGUGGAGGAAGUGUGCACCCAUCCGUCUGAGACGGUUGCCAAUUGGCUCCUACGCUUGAUUACCUCGUCGACUGAAUGGCUAGAACCGUUUAGACGUCGGGCCAAUUUGCCACGAAGUGAAGACGUCCAGCACCAAACCGUUCGGUCCAAGGACCCAAGAUCUAUCGACUCGACUAUCCACAGCCACUCUCGCUUGGAACGGGAGCUGGCAGAUUACCUCAGGCAGCAGCGGUCUAUUGGACAUGAGCCAACGAAUGAGGACCUGCAACGACAAGCUCGUAUUAUCAUCUACGAGUUCGAUGAUGGAUGGAAUCAAACAGCUGCCGACAGUAUUCACUGGCUUGAAUCAUUCAGAGAUCGACACCCUGAAGGGGGUUCCCCCAAUAACGCGCCUACCACGACGACAGACUCUUACCCUGCCACAACCACUGUAGCUAGUACCGGACCAACGUCGUGUCACAAAUCACCCAAGUCCACUGAGGAGCCCCCAAAUCAUUUGACCCAAAAUGACUUUCAACAUCUGCUCUCGAUUGAUAGGAACGGCAGGGCCAUGCCUUUCUUUCUGAAUGAUGCCAAUUGCUACCGGCGUCUAGCCAAGGAACUGAGACGUUGGGUUAAGUCGACCAUGUCUCCCAACAACCCCAAUCGGCACACCCCGACUGACGAUGAGCUGCAAUAUCAAGCACGAUGGAUUCUAUAUGAUGAUGAUGAUCCUUGGAACCAGACCGCUGCCGACAAUGCUGAAUGGCUUCAACGAUUCAAACGUGAUGUUGGCAUUGCUAAGGACCCAGGUCCAGGUCUACCAAAGGGCUACUCGUGGUCACUAUCGCAAGGCGGAUCGGGGUUUGCGCCACCAUAUGCCUAUCCCAAGGGCAGCGUUGAACCGUUCCUUGAAGACGUCGAAGUCAACAUGCGCGAUGGCGCCAAGGCGUUUAAGGCUGGACAUGACGCCGCAAACCAGUUUCUGGAAACGUUGCUAUCCGAAAAUAGCCGCCCGGCAAAUGUGUUCUGCUCUCGUGAGCUGGAGGCUGGGCUAGUGCAAUUUGUCAAGAAGAAUGUCACAGAUACUGGGCGCCUACCUACGGAUGCAGCCAUGCAGAUGCGUGCAAAGGACAUUGUCAACGCAAUAGAGACAGCGGCCGAUGACCCUGUCCUGCUAGAGAAGUUCAAAGCUUGGAUGAAGAAUCAACUGCCACACGCUCUACCCGCCGACGACGACCAGACGAGCCAGCAGCCUUCCUUGCUGCCAAUGAAUAUGGACAUGAAUAUUACCGACGCAGAGCUGGGCGAUAUAUUAAACGACAUGGACUUUGAUUUUGAUGUCAAUGCGUUGGAGACGGGUCUACAAGAACAAGAUGAAGAGUCGGGUGGGGUGAGCCUUUUCCAGGAACCAUCUGUCUACGAAUAA